AUGUCCCCUCGUCCCCCUCUCCCCCAGCGCCACGAAAAUCCUCAUCUUGGUAGCUUGGGCACGGGUGCUCUCCCCCCUGUAAAGUACCAGGUACUCGAUCGCGAUGGCCAUGAAGUCUUGGUCGGCCGCAUGAAGAUCCCAACGCCCUCCGGCCACGCCUUCAUCCUCCGCCGCUUCGACACCGGCGCCAUCAGCCUCACCACCAUGUUCCGCGCCGCCUACCCGACCGCGUCCGAGCUCGACGAGAAGAAGGAGACGAACUGGGUCAAGGAGACGUACAACCUCGCGGGGAACAACGGCUCUGCCAAAGAGCCCGCGAUCGUGCGCCUCGCCGGCACGUGGGUCUCGCCCGACGUCGCGCUGCACGCCGACAUCGCGGGCGUGUACAAGCUCGACACCGUCCUCCCCGAGGUCGCGAACGCCGUGCCCGACCCGUCCGGUAUAUACCGCAAGAGCACCAAGGCGAGCCCCGUCAAGGGCGGCGCGGCGGCGAGCCCGCUGCCCACGCCCGCACCGUCGCUCACGCUCCCGACGCCCAAACGCCGCAGAGAGUCGUCGCCCACGCCGGGCGGCGGCGGCUUUUCCUCGCCCGCGGUUGCUACGGAGCUGCAGGGCGGUGGUGGGCUCCCGCCACCACCGCGUCGCUCGGCGCGCACGAAGAGCCCCGCGCCUGUGCCGCUGCCCAUGCCCGUGCGCUCGCCCACCAAGGGCGCUGCGGCGCUCGUGACCCCGUCCAAGCCCGCGAAGACGACGACGGUGCGGAGCAGCGUGCGCCGCUCGGAGGUGUUUGCGUCGACGCCGGGCGGGUCGGACGAGACGGUCGUGGAGGAGGAGGAGGAGCAGACGGAGACGGUGGAGAUGGCGCGUCCGAGUAUGGCGGAGGACGUGUCGGAGCAGCGCGCGCUUAUUGAGCGGCUCAAGGCCGAGCGCGGGCGUGGUGCGGAGGCGGAGGCGGGUGAGGAUGCCGAUACGACUAUGAUGAAGCGGGCUAGAGAGGAGGAGGAGCUGGAGGGCGAUGAGGGCGGAGAGCUGAGGUUCAAUUUCAAGGAGCCCGAGACGGAGGAGAGGCAGAUCGCGACGAACAGGCGCGUGGGCAGGUUUAGCCUCGAGCCGCAGCAGAAAUCGUUCGCGUGGGGCGUCGCCGCGUUCGCAAUUGGCAUGGGCGCGAUGUCGUAUCUGCCCAACUUCCUGUGA